AUGGAUGAUGACAUGGGACAUAUCAAUACUGUGUAUGGCAUGCCUUGCAUCUCUGAUCAUUCUACCAUGACUCUAAAGCUAGCUCUACAACAGAGAAGUGGGAAAGCUCCUUUUAAGUUUUUCAAUGUGUGGGCAGAGCAUGAAGAAUUCCUGAACAUUGUGCAACAACAUGGGAAGCAAACAUUGAGCUACAGGAAAAUGAACAACAUCUGGCUCAAAUUGAAAGCUCUUGGACCUCUACUCAGAAAGGUGAAUGUUCAAGAGUUCAAGUAUAUCAAGCAGAAGAUUGAAAGAGACAGAGUAGACCUUAUUAAUGUACAAGAAAGAAUAUGUACACAGUGCAUAGAUGAUCUUCUAAUAGAGGAGAGGAGCCUUAUGCAAAACCUGGAGAAAUGGGAUCUACCGGAGGAAGGUGCUUUAAAGCAGAAGGCCAGAGCAAAAUGGAUCAAACUAGGUGAUUCUAAUUCCAAGUAUUUCACAGCAGUGAUCAAGGAAAGACAACAUAAAAAUCAAAUAGUUGAACUGACUUCUCUGACAGGAGAUAAACUCACUGAUCCUGUAGGCAUCAAAGAGGAAAUUGUAAGCUUCUACAAGGGAUUAAUGGGAACAACUGCUCAUAGACUACCAACAAUUGACAAGAAGAUAAUGGCAAAAGGUCCCACUCUGUCACAACAACAGAGAAUCUUAUUGUGUAGGGAUGUCAGUGAGCAAGAAAUCUAUCAGGGCUUAUGCUCUAUUGGUGAUGACAAAGCCUCUGGUGUUGAUGGAUUUAAUGCAUAUUUUUUCAAAAAAAACAUGGAGUAUCAUCAAAAAUGA